GUGUUCUGUGUUUUUGUGUACUGUGGCUGUUUGAGAGGCUAGAGCCUUGAGGCGGGAAUGCAGCUUUGGCUUCCGCCCAUGACCUAGGGCAUGUCCCUUCAUUUGUCUCUCAUCUCUGAGAACACGGUCUCUCCACAGCCAGUUCAUAAGGGGAUAUGGACGUGAAUACACGGGGGACAGGAGUUAGGAUGGUGAUCGCUCGUGUUCUUACCCUGGGCUUUUAAAAAUAACUGUGGUUGUUUGGGCACAGAUGAUUUUAAGAGAGGGCUUUUUUUUUUAUCCUCCUGGCACAAACGGACACUUUCAAAUACGAGGGCUUUCAGCAGAACCUGUGUAGGAGCUAAAAGACUCUGAGUGUACUGCAGUCAGCUGGAACCACGGCGCAGCCCACCGAGCAAGGUCCCUCCAGCGAGACGCAGGUUGUGGAUCGGGGCUUCUCAGUUCCUCCUGGUCACAUCCGCCUGUGGGCACUGUCUGCUGCUGGAGGAAUAAAACAGGCCCCCGCCUUCCCCAGGACUCCUUAUCUUCACAGGGUGGGGUCCAGCAGUGAGCAGGCCCGUCGGGAGGCUCCAGAAGCUCCUAGUCCAGUGGGAAAAUGACAGCCCAGCGGCAGGGCUAGAAAUAUCUCUGCGCCUGCUGGGAGAGGGGCCAUCCAAAGUGCUGGCGAAGAGGAGGUAGCUGGCAGGACUUGACCCGGCUAAGGACCUUCUCCCAGAAGCAGUGACAUCUCAGCGGAGCCCCGAAGGAUGUUGGCUCUCUGAGCUCCUCCUCGUCGCCCCUUCCACCCGCCAGACUUCAGAUCUGACUCCAGACCUGCCCGCUGUCUCGGGAGGCCCUGCCUCCCUUCCCCUGAGGCAAGAUGCCCAUCCUCAAGCAGCUGGUGUCCAGCUCCAUGCACUCCAAGCGCCGCUCCCGAGUGGACCUCACAGCCGAGAUGAUCAGUGCCCCACUGGGCGACUUCCGCCACACCAUGCAUGUGGGUCGGGCGGGGGACGCCUUCGGAGACACCUCGUUCCUCAACAACAAGGCUGGCGAGCCGGACGGUGAGUCCCUGGAUGAGCCUGCCUCCUCCUCUUCGUCCAAACGCAGCCUGCUGUCCCGGAAGUUUCGGGGCAGCAAGCGGUCACAGUCAGUGACCAGGGGGGACCGGGAGCAGAGGGACAUGCUGGGCUCGCUGCGGGACUCAGCGCUAUUUGUCAAGAACGCCAUGUCCCUGCCCCAGCUGAAUGAGAAGGAAGCUGCUGAAAAGGGCUCCAGCAAGCUGCCCAAGAGCCUGUCGUCCAGCCCCGUGAAGAAGGGGAAUGGCGGGGAGGGUGACCUGGAGGGGGCUUGCGUGGAGGAGGUGCCGCGGCGGAACGGGGCCACGGGCCCACACUCCCCCGACCUCCUCCUGGAGGAGAAGGCCUUCGGGGACCUGAUGGACCUGCCCGUCGUGCCCAAGGCCAGUUUCGGGCUGAAGCACGCAGAGUCCAUCAUGUCCUUCCACAUUGACCUGGGGCCCUCCAUGCUGGGCGACGUCCUGAGCAUCAUGGACAAGGAGGAGUGGGAACCAGAGGAGGAGGGUGGCGGUUACCACAGCGACGAAGACCUGGGCAGUCUUCUCAAGGCUCCUGCUUCUGUGUCGGGGGCCCCUCUGCGAGCCAGGCAGGAAGGCAAAGCUGGCCAGGACUCACCCCCGCUGCCCCAGGCUCCGCAGGACGACGGGUGGGCGGCAGCGGCCCCCAGCCCCGGCUCAGCUCGCAGCGUGGGCAGCCACACCACACGGGACAGCAGCUCCCUGUCCAGCUGCACCUCCAGCGUCCUGGAAGAGCGCAGCCCUGCUUCCCGGGGGCCAGACAGGGCCCGCGCCACUCUCUCCAGGCAGCCGGACAAGGAGUUCUCCUUCAUGGAUGAAGAGGAGGAGGACGAGAUCCGAGUGUGAGGCGGGAGGAGGCAGGGUUCCACGUUCUUGGCUUCAUCUCCGUGCCCCCAGCCCACCACCACCUUCCCCUCCCUGUUCAGGGGCAGCCAAGAGCCUGGGACCCAUGGAGGAGGGGUGUUGGCUGAGCCUGGGGGCCCGUGGAGGACUUGAGGAGCGAGCCUGGGUGUUUGGCUUUGUGGCACACCCCGGCCUCCCUGAGCUCUGUAGCACGGGGCUAUGUUCUUACAGCAGGGAUCAAUUUCCUUUUCUCCACUUUGGCCUCAAAUGGAUGCCGGAUGUCAACCUGAGUUCCUGCCCCGGCCCCCACAGCAACGCAGGUCAGCUCCCGGCAGCCUCGGUGCCAGGGCUGGGGGACACGGGCUCUCCUCUCUCCCGGAGUUCCUGCUGUGACCUGGCAGUGACUUCCUGGAUAAAAAUGUGUGUCACAGGAGGAAGGGGGUGGACACGUGUCCCCGCUCCUCCCUCCCCUGCCUGAUUCACGCACCUGGAAGCCUGGAGCCUCUUGGAGUAAAGCCGGAGCGAACAUGAACACUAAACGCAGCCCCUUCCAGGGGAAAAGAACAGAGUGGGGAGUGGGAGGGAGGGCCCUGGGCUUCAGUUUUCAAGAUGGAGCCCCGGCAGGGUGAAGACACAGGACCGGGCUGUAGGCGUCACUCAGCCUCAGUGGGUUUGUUUUUUUCUUCCCCGUCAUGUGUAAGUCUUUCUAGAACAGUAUCGGGAACAGUGUUAGCAGGUCAGCCACCAGAAGGAACAUCGACUCCUGGGAGACACCUUUAUACUCAGUGCUUCCCAACUCUCAUUCAGAAUUGUAUGGAGUAGGCGUCCCUGGAUGUGUCCCCCACACACACCCCACCCAUAGCUGUUAGCCGCCGAAGGCCAGGAGAGUAUUUCUGGAAAAUGACUUGUUUAAAGUAAUAUAUCUUUCCUGUGGGGGAUAAAAGCUCUUUUUGUUUUUUGGACUGAGUUAUGCCCCCCCUCGACACCCCCCCACCCCCAGUACUCCUUCCUUUCCCAGGCCUCUCUGCCAGCUCGGCCCACUCCCUGCCUUCUGAGGCGAGAGCCCAGAGGGUCUAGGUACACGGCUACCAGGUUUAGCAACAAAAGAAACCAGAAUGUUGACUUAAUGAGAAUUUCAGGUAUACAAAGGAUAAUUUUUCAGUAUAAGUAUGCCCUUUUGCCGUAUAUGGACCGUAACUGACAUUAAAAAGUUAUUUGUUGUU